ACGCCAUGCUGUGAGUUCUGUAGGGCACCAGGCAGGAUUGUUAGUUACACGUCCAAUGACCGCACCUAUACGUCUCCUAACUAUCACCAGCCUGGAUUGGGUGAGGGUCUUGCUGACCUAGGGCAUAUUCUCCUGCCCAUUGUACACUCGCUACUCGAAGCAUUCCACAACAUACACUACCACUACUAG